GCYGAGAGCUGCCGCCUCCUCCCCCGCGCCGGGCGCGCCGCGGUCGGGGUCGCAGCCGGCGGCCGCGGGAUUUUCCUCGUUUGUUUGGGCCUUUUGUGUCGGAGCUCACAGUUGGCUAAGCACGGCUGGGCUGAAUUGGGCCAUUGUUCGGGACCCCCGAGCUCCCACGCUGCACAUCUCUCGUCCCCAGCCCCUUUCAGCCCCCCUUCCUCCCAAUUCCUUUUUUUGCCUGAGAAGCCACAUAACGUGCCUUUCCUCCACGCAAAUCUGGGAACUAUAAGCCGGACCGAUUGCAAAUGAAGUGUAAUGCAUUGUGGGACGUGUGUAAAAUUGGAUCAUUCGAGGGGGAAAAAAAAAAAAAAGGAAGGGACCUGCGGCUGGCGCCCUAGAAGAGGGAGCGGCGAGAUGCGCGCAGGUUGCGCCCCGGCGGUGCCCGCGCUAGGCUGAUGCCCGGCAGCGCGCACCCCUGACCCAUGCUGCGGCGGGAGGAGUAGGCUUGGGCAUCCUCAGGAUGAAGAAGACGCGGAGUACGACCUUGCGGCGGGCCUGGCCUAGCUCCGACUUCUCCGACCGGGCCUCAGACCGCAUGAGGUCCCGCAGCGAGAAGGACUACCGACUGCACAAGCACUUCCCCCCAGCUUUUAUUUCCCAGGCAUCACGGGGCUACAUGACAUCAGGUGAUGUAUCACCCAUCAGCAUGUCUCCCAUCACUCAAUCACAGUUUAUUCCACUUGGGGAAAUCCUUUGCCUGGCCAUCUCAGCAAUGAACUCUGCCCGAAAACAAGUCACUCAAGAAGCACUAAUGGAGCACCUAACCACCUGCUUCCCAGGAGUUCCAACACCCAGUCCAGAAAUCCUUCGUCAUACUUUGAAUAUGCUUGUACGGGAGAGGAAAAUAUACCCAACUCCAGAUGGUUAUUUCAUUGUAACCCCACAGACUUACUUUAUAACACCAUCUCUCAUAAGAACUAACAGCAAAUGGUACCAUUUGGAUGAGAGGAUACCUGACAGGUCUCAAUGUACCUCUCCACAACAAGGAACUAUAACUCCAUCCACCUCAGGAUGUGUCAGGGACCGAACACUACCCAAAAACCACUGCGACUCCUGCCAUUGUUGCAGAGAAGACAUGCACAGCAUGCAUGCAUCUACCCUACAGAGGAAAUCAGCAAAAGACUGUAAAGACUCAUACUGUCCUCCUUCAUUAUGUCAGGUCCCACCUACUGAGAAAAGUAAAAGUACUGUCAAUUUUUCAUAUAAAGCAGAGACACUCACAAAGCCUAAGGAUGUAGAAAAGCAGUCUAAGAAAUUUGGACUCAAAUUAUUCCGAUUAAGUUUUAAGAAGGAUAAGACCAAACAGUUGGCAAAUUUCUCUGCCCAGUUUCCUCCAGAGGAGUGGCCGCUAAGGGAUGAGGACACCCCUACCACUAUACCUAGAGAGGUAGAAAUGGAGAUUAUUAGGCGCAUUAACCCAGACUUGACUGUGGAAAAUGUCAUGAGACACACUGCACUAAUGAAGAAACUUGAAGAAGAAAAAGCUCAACGAAGCAAAGCAGGAUCUUCAGCUCACCACAGCGGACGAAGUAAAAAGAGCAGGAAUCACAGAAAGUCUCAUGGGAAAUCGAGAUCGCACAGCAAGACCCGGGUGUCCAAAGGAGACCCAUCAGAUGGCUCUCACUUGGAUAUACCUGCUGAAAGGGAGUAUGAGUUCUAUGAUCCAUUGACUCGAUCCCCACGGGAAGGCUGUUUUAUAAUAGAACACAAGGGAGAUAAUUACAUAAUGCACAGCAAUCCUAACAUGAUUGAAUCUCACUUUCCCAUGACACCAGAGUGGGAUGUGUCUGGUGAACUGGCCAAAAGAAGAACUGAAAUGCCUUUUCCUGAACCUUCCAGGGGAAGUUCCCACUCCAAGGUCCAUCGGAGCCACAGCCAUACACAGGAUAGAAGAUCAAGGAAUGAGCGGUCCAGUAAAGCUAAAGAAAGGUCUAGAUCCAUGGAUAACUCCAAGGGACCUCUGGGCUCAGCUGCUUUAGGCACACCUGAAGAUAUAGGUGAAGGCUGUAGCCCAGAUGACCAAACAACUAGCCAAGCCUAUAUCGAUGAUAGUACCUUAAGGCCAUCUCAGUCGCUCAGUCAUCAAAGGGCUCUGAUAUCAUCCGCAAGCUACAAAGAGACUUGCAUCCCUGAAAAAGCUGGUGGCAGUGUAGAAACCCCCAGUUCUUGUAGCCUAUUGGAUCAAGGCAAGCCUACAGAGAAUUUGCCAUCAUAUAGUGAACUCAACUCCUGCACAACAAAAUCUGCAGUUGAUGACUAUUUUCAGUGCAACACAUCCAGUGAGACUGUGCUUACUGCUCCAUCACCUCUGGGAAAGAAUAAAGAGGAUCAUGAUACGCUAACAAUGACAGAUGGGCUGAAAAAAAUGACUUCCACAGAAAGACAGUCUCAACAUAUUGCUAGGGAACCUGGGGUGCACAAGGAGGAGUCCCCAAAGGGCCCAAGCAGUGGUUCAGUGAUUGCCAGCCAAACUCCAGAGGUGAUUGCAAACGGGCGGCUGGUUCAACACCAUAGCGCUGAAUCAAGCAGCCUUGAUAAAAGGAAAGAAAUAUUUAGCAAGGAUACACUCUUCAAGCCUCUGCAUAACACUCUUUCUGUGAACAGUUAUCAUAAGUCUAACACACCUCUGCUAAAGCCCCAUCAAAAGACCCCCUCUGACACGUUGCCAGUCAGAUGUGAGAAACUUGAACAAGCGAUGGUAACCUCAGUCACACAAGUCAUGCCUGUUUCUCAGAGACAGCAAGAGACAACAGGGAACCAGGAGGCCUCCUUUGACUACUACAAYGUAUCUGAUGAUGAUGACUCAGAGGAAGGAACCAACAAAAAUGCCGAGGAAGAAAAGAACCGGGAUGAUGUUGGUACAAUGCAGUGGCUCCUAGAGAGAGAAAAAGAAAGGGAUCUGCAGCGAAAAUUUGAGAAAAAUCUUACCCUUCUCACCCCGAAAGAAACAGAAAAUAGCAACAACCAGAGAGCCACCCACUCAGCCCGCCUGGACAGCAUGGACAGCAGCAGCAUUACUGUGGACAGCGGGUUCAACUCUCCACGUACUCGUGAGAGCCUGGCAUCCAACACUUCAAGUAUUGUUGAAAGCAACAGACGUCAGAACCCAGCUCUGAGCCCUGCACAUGGUGGUGCAGGACCAACGUUCAGCUUCCGAGCCACUGCAGACCCACCCACAAGUGAAGCUGAGAAACUGCAGAAACCUGGUAACUGCCUGCAAGCUUCUGUCACUAGUGUCUGAUAGUCAGCCUGCCUCAGAUCGUCUGUCUCACCCUAUACAGCAAAGUUUACGACACAGGGACUGAUGUUUACAUCUUCGGGGAAAUAAAAAACAAGCAUCUCAACCACAGUUUUAGUGUUUACUUAAACUGUGCUGCUAUGUAGACUAGGGGCAACAAAGAAAUCUUUAUUUCAAGGUAUUGCUUUUCACAUUUGCGGCUCUGUAGCAAGAGAAUAGCAGUAGGGAUAAUAUGUACACUUUUUUGCUUCACUUAAUUGUAACUGAGCACAUAUAUGAAAGUCUAGACACUGUAAGUGUAAUCUGCAUUUUCAAUGUCCAUGCAGUUGCCAACUUCAUUUAAAAAAAUGCCACAGAUGUGUGAUGCCCCUGGUCAGAGGCUAAACUCUGCUGCAGAGUUCAUAACUUUUCACUUCAAAAACUGAGCCACUGCUGAAAGUAACUAGCCCGGAUCAUCAUGAGGAAAAACAAUGCCAAACAUGACAAGUCAUGACCUCAGCUCUAUAUGUGAAUUAUGAAUACUAAUCAGUCAUUUUCACUGUGCAUUUUUGUGACACAAUUUUACAAAUUCCUGGUUAAGCAAGUAAAAGGAGGUUUAGGGUUUGUUUUGAUUUGCUUUUUUUCUAGAUAUGGAGGGUGGGAAGGGAGGCAUCUCCUCCAUUUUUUUCAAAAGUGUGAGAGAUGUUUACUUAAAGAGCCUUGUUACUUAACCUUCCAUAGUCACCAGUGAGGAGGUGGACCUUUACAUAGAGGGGGGAGUGGGGGGGGGGAAGGGAAAGAUAUAAUUGUCAUGGAGCCACAAUGUGGAGUGACACAAAAUAUAUUAAAUAUCUUAAGUAUAAUUCACAUAUUUUAAAAAGAUAAUCUAAUUCUGUGUCACUUCUGGUAUUGCAACUUGCCAUUAAUAUAGRAAUCAGGAGAACUAAUUUCUUGGAACAAAAAUAUCCUUUAUGAUAUAAAUGACAAGUAUGGCCUGAAGAAUUGAUUUCUUUCUAGUGGAAGGACAUAAAUCUAUUUUAUGUAGCUUAUUAAAUAGAGUGCCUAAAUUAGGCUAUUAAAACUAGCAUACAGUGUAAUGAUUAUCAGAGAACAAAAUUUAGAGAAUUAUAAACUUCUGGCCUUUUUAUUCAGUGGAUGUUAUUUGCAAUUUUAUGGACAUGUCUGCUUUCUAGAAAUUCAAUGUGUCCACUUGGUUUGCAGUAGAAAUCUGAGUCCUGCAGGCACAGUACAUCCUAAUUGCUUCCCUGAACUGUUACUCCAGUGUAAUUAGUACUGUUCUAAUUACUGCAGAGUAAAUUCUACAGAUAGUUAAACUCCAAGAGUAAUUUUAGGUGUAGGGUCACAUUCUGCUCUGUUACUCUGUUACUGUGCAGCCUGGUAGUGCAACAAACUGACKUUUCUAUAAGAACAGACAAAUUGGUGGAAGAAUAACAAAGAUACUAAAAUGUGCAACAGCCCGAACGGUUUCAUAUUAAAGGGGCAUUUACCCUGUCUAGCUCUUGUAGUACACAGGUAUAAAACCCAACUGUACAUAUUAAAACCCAGUAUUUUCAUCAGGUUCUGGUGACAUUUAUUACUCUGUAUACAAAGUCAUUUGAGCUUCACUUAUGUUCUCUGUUGUCAUCAGAAGUCUUUACUGAAGAUUCAGCCAUAUGUUACACUGUCGGAUAUUGUUAAUUUGCUUAUAAAACAGCUUUCUAACUCUGGAUACAGUCAGUUUCCUGUUCACUCAAGAAUACCCAAUCCAUUGACAGAUGGACAGAUCUGUUUUCAUUGAUUUCAGUGUAUAAUUUSCAUUUCAUAGGAGCAAUAAGACCUUUCAGUGCACAUGAAAGAAGUUAUUGUGCUUUUGGUUGGUUAUCAAAGUCACUUGGCCUUUAGCCUUCUGCCUUAUCAUACCUUCCAAGAUAUGCUCUAAUUACCCUAUAAUGCUUUGCAUGAUGCAUCUUACUGUUUGAUAUGUAACUCCAGCCGUACUUAUUCCAUGCGAACUGUAGAGUCAGAGUUCUUGUGGGGAGUUGUCAUAUACUAUGCAGUGGCUGACUGUGAUUUUGUUUCUGAGAUGAGCUCUGACAUCAGUAGUAUGUAUCAAUUCAGUAAAUAAAAAUGUCGAAAUGAUAAAAUUACAGUGAUGAUCUGAAGUACUAACGGCAGUAUUAAAAUGUGAAGAGCAGAAACAGGUUUCACCUUUCGGGAAAUAAUUGUUUGUCAUAAGCUAAUCAGAAUUUAUGCAGGCAGCUGGUUGUACAGAAGACAUAAUUCCAAGAAAACAUAAUAGUACAUACCUAUAAACUGUAUAGUAUGUUAUUUCSUAAAGUUCCCAGAGACCAGCAGACAACAUAAAUGUCAUAUUAAUGUUGACAUGGCAUUGUACCAAUAUUAAUGUGACUCCUGGAAUAUGGAAUGUAAACAGAAGUUUCAAAUAGAAACGUUCUAAUCUUGAUUUUUUUUCUUUUCCUUUUAAAAUCAACAAUGGAAAAUAAGGAAAUUCCAUCUUGAGGUUCUGGUAACAAAACCACGAGAGUGGAGCUUGAGUGCUUUAUGUCACCCUAAUCCUUUGAUGAAAUCAUAGCCUUGUAUUAUGUGGUUGCUUAUCUGUCAUUCUGCUAAUGUAUCAAUUUAAAGGUUUACAGAGUUAGAUUAGGUUGAAUCUGUAUUGUGUUCAACUGUAAAGGGUCAACACAAAUCUGUCGGCAUUUUGCACACUUAAUAUGUAUUAUUAUAAUACAACAUGUUACUUUUAUGGUAAUUUUUUUUACGCAUAUAACUACCUCCAUGAAUUUGAUGAAAUGCAGCAACAUGAAAAGUGUAUUGUACAAAGCAAGGUUAGAAACUUUGAAGCAUUAGGUCAUGGCGUUCUCUUGUGUGUCAAAGCUUGCAUAUGAAGUCAUCAUGUUUCCAUUGCCACAAUUUUCUUCUACAAUGUUAAAAAGAUGGCUUUCAGAUGAGUCACUUAAAGACUUUGACAAGGCUGCAUAAUUGGGAUAAAAGUGAAAGGGAGGCUGAAACCUUCCAUCCUCUCCCCAGUUACUGCUAAAAUUUCUGCCUGGUAGAACUUGAAAAUGUAUUUGUAAUUUAACAAAUUAGAAACAUCUUCAGUCUGAAAUAUGAUUGACAGUUUGGGGUUUAACAGAAGACACUCUGGGUAUUUUCUUGGCAGCCUUCAGGUAUUUGGGGCCCUAUUCUGCCUCCAUCUUUGUCAAAUUAGUACAUCAUGGUUUCUCUGAACUGGCAAGGGUGUUGAAACAGCUCUUCCUUUAAUGAUACGCAUGCUGGUCUCUAGAUUGUAUGCAUCUAAAAUAUUUGCUCCUGUAGAAAUUAUCAACAGCCUUUAAUUGACAUUGCUGGAAGCAGCAUUAGGGUCCCUACUCAAGGUAUGUGCCUAUUGUUCAAAGAACGUGGGCAAGUUUCCAAGAAAAAUUAAGCUAACUUUUGAAAGAUAGCCAGCUGCAACAAGCCACCUUUCAAGAGGGAAGAAAGAUUUUUACAAAAACCAAAGGAAAAAAGUGGCAGUUGAACCUAAGCAGAUCGCAUUAUAUACAAAUCCCGAUUUAUGAACACCUUUCAGCAAACCUAGUACCAUUAUCCUGAUGMAAAUUAAUAUACAAUCAUCAGUUGAGCUGAUUUUGCCAUUUUAAAUAUUUCAGUUAAAAUUURGAAGAAAUCAUUAGCCAUUUGACUCCCUGGACCACUGACUUACAUAUGAAACAACGUUCACUCAACUUAAAAAAAUAAAAAUGUAUUGGAAAACAAAUAUUUUAUGAAAACCAUGGCCUAAGUGCUUGCCAGCAGUAGUCAUUGUUAGAAAAGAGAACAAGCAAACCACUAUUCAGAGGCCAUCAUGAGCACAGACAAUACUUUGUACUUAAAUCACAYCUUUUUGGCUGAGGGUCUCAAAGUACUUGCCUGUGAGGUAGGCAGAGUUGACUGACCCUGCUUUUUGUCUGGGCCCACUGGAAAAAGCAAAGACUAAGAGUCUGCAGACUAACUUAUUAACUAGUUGCUUUCUUAARGUUACUGAAAGAAGUU